AUGGAUGUAGCUGAAAGUAAAAUUACACCUGCAGGGAAAUCAGGACAACUCCUAGGAAAAAUCUCUUACCUGAACUUUCUAGCAAGAGAUGUGCUUCUGAAAAGUGAUGUGGAUAAAGGAUGUUUGGAGGAGUAUGUGCUUGGACUGACCAUUUUAGUAAAAGAUCUGAGCAGAUCCCUCAGCCAGCAGCUGGAGAAUGUUACAGAAAUUAUUCAAGACACCUGCCACUUGCUGAGUGCUCUUCCUGAUAAACACAAGGAAUUGACUGGAAGUCCAGCUUUCAUAGCCAAAUGUAUUUUUUUUUUUUUUUUUGCCUCAGAAUACAAUGGAAUUAUAGAUUAUCUGCAGAAAGAGAAGGAGCAUUUGAUAAAUACAAUCUCACACCUUCAAGAGGCAGAAAAUAAAUUUUAUGCUGCAAACUGCAGACUAGAUGGUGAUUCUCAGAACCAGACUGGUGAAAAUGCUUCUGGAGAAACAGAAGUGCUUUGUUCGGAAGGAGAAGCAGCAGACUCUGUGCAAGCAUCUUCCAGUUCCAUUCAGCAAUUCCAAAGAACUCCUUUUCUGAACAAGACAGAAAGUCAAAAUGUCAAUCAAACCCAUACAAGUGAAAUUAAAACUGUGGGGAAAAUUGCAUCAUUAGCUGAAAACAAAUCUGCUCAAGAACAAGACACCAGAGAAUCUCCAAUAAAAAAGGAAGAUGGUGAAUACCAUCUAAUUUUAAUGAUAGUCUCUUUUACAGAGAAAAAAGAGUGCAAUGGAAAGGAUAAACUUCAUGGAGAUAGCUCGGUUGCUGAAGAGCCUCCAGAACUGGAGGCUUUUCAGGAUGCUCUUACAGGCAGUGAGGAAGACAUUCUGUCUGGGACAUUGAAGGAAUCAAUACAUCAUGAAUCGGACUAUUUAAAAGGGCUAGAAAGUGAAGACCACAAACUGACAGAGAAAAUGGAAGACAGUAAAAUAUUUUUUUUAAAAAAUGAGAUCUUUAGAAAUUACCUAAGUACCUUCACAUCUUCAGCACAAACUUAUGAUCUUCCUGAUGUGAAUCCUUCUGAGAGUGAUUCAGAAGAAGUACAAAAAUCUAGAUACUGGAUGAACAAAGAGUAAGCACAUAUUCUUCUUUUUUUUGAAGAACAGAUGCAUUCAAAAGGAAUACCUUGUUUUAUUAAACCCCCUGCAACUGUCCUGGAGAAUCUGAAGUGUAAUAUACUCAAUGACACUAGUUCCUUGGAGGUGGAUGAUUCUGAGGAGCUGGUCAGCAAUGUCAUCAGUAUUAAAUGUUAUGAAUAUGAAAAACUACUUUUCCCUAUCAACAUUGCAAUCCCAGCUUCAUCAUGCUUCAGAGGAAAUUAUCAGGAAAUUAUGGUGAAGGUGACUGAUACCAACUUCCAGUCAAACUACUUAACUCCUAUUUCUUGGCAAGGAUACCAAGGAAACCAUAAGGAAAGUUUUGCAGAAGGGAAAAUUUAUCAUCUGUGUGUUUUUUCUGUGUUGUCAUGCUUAAAGAAGGAAACAUUUACUGUUCCAAAGGUAAGAAUCUUACAGAAGCUGAACGUGGAUUCUAGAAUCUCUUUCUGUUACCAUCCAGAAACAUUUAGUUCUCCAGCACCUAUGCAGUUAAAGAUUCAGCCAAUUGAGCCAUCGUUGGUUUCAGCAUUGAAAGCAAGACAUAUGUAUCACUCAGUGAUACCUACUAGCACACUGGUUCAUGUCCAGCAUCCUUCAUCCCAACCUUUUAACAGCUCAGUCACUCUUUCUCUACCCUGUCCUCCCAACCCAGACAAAAAAAGACAAGAAGAUGAGACAGAAAAUGCAAAAGCCAUUAAUGCUACAGUAAAGAGGGUUGCUGCAACAUAAAACCCUCACUUCAAAUCUUCUGUGAGAAAAAGUGGGGACAAUCUCAGUGAUACUUUGAAAUUAUUAGGUCAUGGAAACAAAGAAGAGGGGUGGAAGGUGUUUGAUGAUGUUAUUAUCCAGAAUGCACAGAAUGAGCUUGUAUCUUUUGAACUAAAUGAGCAUUUAGAAAGCUUUGUGGCCAUUUGCCUUGCAUUCCUUUUUCAAAACAGUUAUCUUGUCCUCUUUGCUCAGGCCGUGGAAGUUCUCCGUAGCACGAUGGCUAAUGUGAUACUGUAUCAGAAAAGAGCAAACCCAUACAAAAUAGUAGUUUUGCUGUCUGCAUCCAGAGAAUUGACCAAUGAACUUCAAAAUCUCCAUGAGAAGGGUUAUUUUGGUCCCCCAGAACCCAGACAGCAGUUCCCAUUAGGACAAGGAGAGCAGAUUCAUUUGAGAUUUAGAGGAAAUAUUUCUGCUUCAGAGAAUGGAGAAGACUUCAGGAAAGUCUCCAGACUGAUUUUUCAUUCACAAAGACAACUAAGGCUGGAACUCCCAAUUAAAGUAGAUUAAUUUGGUAACCACAGUUCACCUCAUUACAAAGGAACAGCAGUGUUUUAUAAAAUUACCAGAGAGAUGAUACCAAAGAAAUGGGAACAAAGGUUUCAGAGCAAACUUCCACUGUGCAAAUUAGCAUUAACAUUGCCAAAGAAUGAAAAAUUGAUCCACCAUCCGCAAAGUACAAAAAGAAUUUUUUCUGAUUCAUCAGAGGCCCUAUGGGACAAGUUGCUGUUCUGGCUUGCAGAAGAGCUUGCCGAAGACAAUACAUCAUUGUUUGCUCUAUGUUUACCUGUUUGACAGAGCGUGCUUCAGCUUGUUAGGCUGAAGUGCCCUGAUAAUUUAACACACCAGAUCUAUGAACUGCUUUGCUGCUGGAAAAAGACCCUUCCAAAGUCAGCUGAUAAACAGCAGCUCUUGUCUUGCUAUUUGCAGAAGAGUGACAGAAGUGAUCUUUCAGAAGAACUUCGUUUUAAGUGGCAAAAUAAGGUGUUCACCUGA